AUGGUCUUAAGCCGUAGAAACCCAUUGAAGGCUCUGUUACCAAAGAAGAACAAUGCAUGCAUAUCCCCACAUCUUCUCUCUCUACUGAAUAACUUCGAGACAAGUUUGACGGCAUCGAUUGCAGAACUUGUACCAAAGGAUGGUGAUUAUAUCACUGUUUCUUGGAUGAUUCAAGCAAUGCACUCUCUUUGUGAGACACACCAGAGUAUCUCGACACUCAUGACCACCGAUGUCGACCUUCGUCCUGUAUCCGAAAUGGAAGAAAGUAUGUACGCUGACAUCAGUUCGAAGCUGCUUGAACUCUGCGACGCCUUCACCUCGGAGCUGGCCCGGCUUAACCGUGGGAACAUGUUACUCAAGCUUGCUUUUAGUGAUCCUGAGGAUGUUUCUUUAUCGCAUCUCGACUGUUGGAGGCAGCACAUGGCUUCCAAGAACCCUAAAAUCGAAAACAGUGGUGAGGUUUUGAGUAGUCUUGUUGAAGACAUGGAUCGUAGUCAUCACCAUGGCCUCUACAAGAAGGUGAAUAAGAAGAAUACGAAAGAAUAUGAAGAAGAAAAAGUUCUCAUGCGAGCUCUAUAUGGUGUGAAGGUCAAGACUCUAUACAUAUUCAGCGUGUUUGCUGCAGCGUUUUCUGGUUCUUCCAAGAAUAUCUUGUUUAUAAACAUUCCAAAGGAGGUGGAGGAUGAGGACGAGGAGGAUGAUCAGGACGAGGUUCCAUGGGAACAAGCAUUCAUGGAACUUCAGAACAUGAUCAUGACAACGUUCUUAUCGAAGAGAUUCGUGGUUAUAAAAGAUGUUGUGGCUGUUGAAUCUGGUGUGGAGAUGGUUUACGCGGUGGUCCAAGAAGGCUCAGUUCCUAACUCGUUGAUGUUUGAGCCAUUGAUUCAAUCAGUGAUGGAACUUUCAGAAAGGCUUGAUCUUGUCUCCAAGGAAACAAGUUGCCUGUUCAAUACCGUGAUCGCUGCUCGAGACGAAUUGUUCGAGAGGCUUAGAACCAAAUACGAAGAUGAGCUAGCUGAGAGUAAUUAACAUUUCUACUGAUGAUUCUGUUAAGACUUGUUUUGUGAGGAGUGUGUUAUUUGUCUCAUGUUCAG